GCCAUCUGCAAUCCUCUUCUUUAUAGUGUCUACAUGUCAAGACGCCUCUGCAGCCAGCUGAUGGCUGGUUCCUAUUUCUGUGGCUGGGUCAGUUCUACCAUUCAAGUCAGUGUGACAUUCUCAGUGUCUUUUUGUGCGUACCGAGUCAUUGAUCACUUCUACUGUGAUUCUUACCAACUUGAGAAGAUCUCCUGCUCUAAUCUCUUUGUCAAUAAGAUGGUAUCUCUGAGUUUGGCUAUCUUCAUUAUUUUGCCCACAAUAGUUGUCAUUGUAGUCUCUUACAUGUACAUUGUGUCCACAGUCUUGAAGAUCCCCUCCACUGAAGGGAGAAAGAAAGCCUUCUCCACCUGCAGCUCUCACCUUGGGGUAGUGAGUGUGCUUUAUGGGACUGUCUCGUUUGUGUAUCUUGUACCUCCCAGCAAUCCUGAACUCCGCAAAGUGGCCUCAGUAUUUUACAUACUGGUGACACCCAUGUUAAACCCUCUGAUCUACUCUCUAAGAAACAAAGAUGUCAAACAAGCUUUGAGAAAAAUCCUAGGGAACAAGAAAGCUUUACCCUAA